AUGCCGACCACCCGACAUGGCACUACGACCAGCCCGAGAAACAACGAUUCUCCGACUGUUCCAACUGCUAGCGUCCAACCUGCGAGUACAACCACUCCAUCCGUUGGCAAUGCAAUUGGUAAAGCGUCCAACGCUAUCAAACCUGGUAACACCCCUGCAAGUCUUGAUUUUGCUGUUGAUACACUCAUGCAGCGGCCCUUGAACGGACCACUCAUGCAGUCCCUUCAACGUGACGGUAUCUUCUGUUUCCGAGACCUCCUGUUGCUCAAAGACACGGAUCUCCUAGACCUGAAGUACGACGCACCCAUCACUGAUGGGAGUGGUGCAGAUACAGGCCGAACAAAGCUGACACAGCUUGACAAGGCUAACCGUGGCAUCAUCAAUGCACUCCUUGGUUACACCUACCUACAAUGGGACAUCUUCAAUCAAUCUUUUCGUUCCACCACACGUGUUCAUAACACACUGAACGUUCUGGAUCACUCCUAUGUUCCUGCCUCUGCGGACAACAAAACUCUCUUUGACAAACAGCAGGCCUUCAUGUACGACAUCUUUGUCACCAAGCUGCAGACCAACACUGGUAAAUCUCUGGUACAAAAGUAUCAGCUGACGUACGAUGCUCAACAAAUUUGGGCCAAACUCAACGAUCAUUGUACAACCUCGGUCGCAGCCGACACGCAAGCUUCUUCCCUGAUGACUUGGUUGACUACCAAGAAACUCGUCAAGUCGGACUGGCCUGGCAAACACUACGCUUUUGUUCUUCAUUGGCUUGAACAAGCACGCCUCUAUAACGAGAUUGCUAGUGAUAAAAUGGCCAACUCCCAGUUCCUGCUUGCGAACGCCAUUCAACAGACACCGUAUCUUUGUGAGAUUAAGACCUCUUCCAAGCUCUUAUCCGCGCAAACCGGUCAGUCACUGACUUACCCUCAGUAUGUUGAACUUGUCACAUCUGCCGCCAUGGCCCAUGACAUGGCUAUGAACGAACAAGCUGUUGUACCUGCUACACACAAAGCUCUCUUUCAUGACAUUUUUAGCCCACAUAACGAUAAUAUGGACGACUAUUACACCCAAGAUUUUGAUCUAGAUGUUAAUAGGCAAACUAUUGAGGCCUUCCAAGCCUCGUCCUAUUGUACAACCCGUCCUCAACUUGACAAUGCCACAUGGCAACAGUUGGAUGACCACGCCCGUCGCACUUGGCACCAAAUUCCGGACCAAGCUAAGGCUACCAUCCUCCAAAACAAGUCAGCACCUUCCGGGCGACCCAGCCAAUUGGAGAAAGGCGAAGUCCUUUCUCGUCCUUGA